GAAAUUUCAUGAAAAAAACUUAUUAAAACUUCCAAACUAAGUGACGGAUAAUUUGUAUUGUUAUGCAGUAAUCUAUGGGCGCCAGUGACGCGAUCGUGUGGUUUUCACUGGCGUUCUGCUGGUGGUCACGUGACUACUGAUCUGUGACGUAGCACCGCCCGCACCUAUUUGUAGCAAUCACCUUAGUAUAAUCAUUGCCAUUAGCAUGUACAACCUUCUAAGGAAUAGAUUUAGGAAUAGAAUAGCUUUAAGUUAAGCUUCUUCAUUUCUGUCAUCCUAUAUUGGAAUUCUGAUCUUUCCUGUUUAAUUGCAAAAUUGAAGUUAUUUAUCUCAUGUGACACAGUCAGAUGCAGGUAGUAAUAAUGGCAUGACUCCGUCUGUCCGUCCGUCCGUCAACAACAUGGGCACAAAUCUAAAUGGCUUGAUGUACUGUGUUGAUAUUCGUUACGUGUGAGGCAACCCCAAAAGGCAUGGUUUGACAUGCGCAUGCAGAAAUAUACACAGGCAUAAAUGCAUUUUACAUGGACAAGAAACUCGGCAGUUUAGUAAUCACUAAUCGAAUUAAGAAGAUGGGUACUGAGGCAAUUAUAUACAACCAGCGUGGGCAGUUAUCAAUAUUAGAUCAGCUUCUACUGCCUAACCAAACCGUGUAUGUACGUAUUGGAGAUGUUGAAGAUGGAUGGAAAGCAAUUUUCCAGAUGCAGGUUAGAGGUGCACCGGCUAUUGGAAUUGUUGGAUCACUCAGUCUGGUCGUUGACCUAAACAAUCAGGAAUUUGAUACCAAGUCUAUGUUGAACACAUACCUUGCAACCAAGCUUACAUAUCUUGUGUCUGCAAGACCAACUGCAGUGAACAUGAAAUGGUGUGCAGACGUUUUGUUAAAGCUUUCUGCUGAAUUAAAGGACUGUGAUGAGGUGUCAGUAGCUGAAAUGAAAGAACAAAUAAUGAGUAUGGCAGAGUCAUUCCUGGAGAAGGAUAUAGAAAUCAACAAAAAAAUGGGAAUGUUUGGAGCAAAUCAUAUUCUUGAGAGGAACGACAAGUCCCUUCGGAUUCUGACCCACUGCAAUACUGGAUCACUAGCAACUGGAGGUUAUGGAACUGCGCUAGGUGUCAUCAGAACUCUGCACAAUAUGGGACGACUGUUACAUGCAUAUUGCACGGAGACACGGCCAUACAACCAGGGCUCCCGUCUGACCGCUUAUGAACUCAUGCAAGAUGACAUUCCUUCCACACUGGUCUGCGAUAACAUGUGUGCUGCCUUGAUGAAGAACUGGACGAUAGAUGGCAUCUUUCUUGGUGCAGACAGAGUGGUUGCCAAUGGUGAUACUGCAAACAAAAUUGGAACAUACCAACUUGCUGUCCUAGCGAAAUACCACAAUGUUCCAUUCUAUGUUGUGGCUCCAAGUUCCUCAAUUGACUUGAAUAUGAGCACUGGUGAUGAAAUUGUUAUUGAAGAGCGGCCUGCCACAGAAAUUACACACAUGAAUGGAAUUAGGGUAACACCCAAAGGAAUAAAUUGUUGGAACCCAGCAUUUGAUGUCACCCCUGCCAGGCUCAUUACUGGUGGCAUCGUGACAGAGUUUGGGGUAUUCACACCUUCGGAGCUUAAUACUGAACUGUCUACGCAUCUUAAGUAACCAUUCUAGGUGAUUUCUCAAUAAUGUAAACAAAACCUAGAAUCAUGUAGUGAGUGGUCAUGCUCUGAGAAUGUAGCAGGGAUGUAGAGGAUGCAUCUAAACAUUUAGUGCAAGUUUUCAGCUAGGUGCUUGUUAUGUUGUACAGGAAAGAUUAUGAUUAAAGCAUAAGUCAAAUAACAUCAGAUUUAUUAUUGAAAUACUCAGCAGACAGCCAUAAUGGAAUUCAGUCCUAAUAUCAGAACGAGGCUAAUAGUUCCAAUUCGGGAGAGAAGGAAAGACACAAUACUAUGGUUUCAUUACACGGUGGAGCGGAUUAAUAGGUUCCCGUUUAUUUUCCACUGUAGAUGGCGCCACUGUACGGGCUAUACAUUUAUCAUACAGGGUGAACCAAGAGUAAACAUAAACUACACUAAGUUUACUCUAACAACAGCUGUGGGUUUUACUUAAUCACCCUAUUGUCUUUUCCUGUUCAUAGAGGCUUAAAUGCUUUGAUAUCUCUCUGCAGUGAUUGAGGAAUUGUAUGCAUAGAGACGACAUUAAACAUUUUAAGCUGCUUCCAAAAGACUCGAGCAAAAAUAUUUCUUUGGUAAAUAUAUAGAAGUGUAAAGUUUUUACUGCUCAGCUGAACUUUGAUUAUAUUUUCAAUUAAUAAAAACUGACAAAUGCUGAUUCAUGUUUCCACUCAUACACAAAUACAUGCAUGCAGGCACACACCGAGUAUGACCCAUUAAUUCAUUUAUCUAGUGAGACCACAGAUGCAACACAAGUAGAACAGAACAGAAAAAUUGCAGUAUUUACAAAUAGUCCUUUUAAUUACUUGAUCAAUGUCUCAUAUACAAAACAUAAUUUUACUUUUCAAUUAAAUAAAAUCAACAUUCAUUGCAGAUGA